CCAUCCCUGAAUGUGCAGCUUUGCUCUGCCCAGAAAAUUCCAGAUGUUCACCUUCCAGUGAGGAUGAAACCAAACUCGAGUGCAAAUGCCUCUCAAAUUACAAAGGCGAUGGCCAGAACUGCGAGCCCAUCAAUCCAUGUUUACAAAACAUCUGCCACCCUCACGCUCAUUGCACGUACCUGGGACCAAACCAGCACAGUUGUACAUGCCAAGAAGGCUACAGCGGGGAUGGCCAAGUGUGCUUGCCAGUAGACCCCUGCCAAACUAACUUUGGAAACUGCCCUGCACAGUCUACGGUGUGCAAAUAUGAUGGGCCUGGACAGUCUCACUGCGAGUGUAAGGAACAUUACCGGAAUUUUGUACCUGGAGUGGGGUGCAGUGUAACCAACAUCUGUGAAUCAAACAACCCAUGUCAUAGAAAUGCCAACUGUACAACCAUCGCACCAGGCCAAACAGA